GGGUCCUGGUUGGCGUGGUCCUGCGCUAUGGCAUCCAUGUCCCCAGCGACGUCAACAACGUGACGCUGAGCUGCCAAGUGCAGACCAGCCCGGCCACGCUGCUGGUGAAUGUCAGUGGAAAGUACUACGAGUACACCCUGAAGGGAGAAAUUAGUGCCCAGGAGCUCAAUAAUGUCCAGGAUAACGAGAUGCUAAGAAAGGUGACUUUUGAUCCUGAAGUAUUUUUCAACAUUUUGCUUCCUCCAAUUAUAUUUUAUGCAGGCUACAGCUUGAAAAGGAGGCACUUCUUCAGAAACUUGGGAUCCAUCCUAGCAUAUGCUUUUCUCGGCACUGCUAUUUCCUGCCUGGUGAUUGGCUCCGUUGUGUAUGGCUGUGUGACGCUGAUGAAAGCCACUGGGCAGCUCGGGGGAGAUUUCUACUUCACUGACUGCCUCCUGUUCGGUGCCAUCGUAUCGGCUACGGACCCAGUGACUGUUCUUGCCAUAUUCCAUGAGCUCCAGGUUGAUGUUGAGCUGUAUGCCCUCCUCUUUGGUGAAAGCGUCCUCAAUGAUGCCGUUGCCAUAGUGCUGUCUUCUUCAAUCGUCGCGUACCAGCCGGCGGGUGACAACAGCCACACGUUUGAUGUCACAGCGAUGUUCAAGUCCAUCGGGAUCUUCCUGGGGAUAUUCAGUGGAUCUUUUGCAAUGGGAGCAGCUACGGGAGUUGUGACAGCUUUAGUCACCAAGUUCACCAAACUUCGAGAGUUCCCGUUGCUGGAGACCGGCUUGUUCUUCCUGAUGUCCUGGAGCACGUUCCUGCUGGCCGAAGCGUGUGGCUUUACAGGUGUGGUGGCUGUACUCUUCUGCGGGAUCACGCAGGCCCAUUAUACCUACAACAACUUAUCUACAGAGUCCCAACACAGAACUAAGCAGUUGUUCGAGCUUCUGAAUUUCUUGGCAGAAAACUUCAUCUUCUCCUACAUGGGCCUUGCGCUGUUCACUUUCCAGAACCACGUCUUUAACCCUACCUUUGUGGUGGGGGCUUUUCUUGCUAUCUUCCUAGGAAGAGGUGCCAACAUUUACCCACUGUCAUUUUUACUGAAUUUGGGGAGAAGAAAUAAGAUUGGAACAAAUUUACAGCAUAUGAUGAUGUUUGCUGGGCUGCGAGGAGCCAUGGCAUUCGCCUUGGCCAUCCGCGACACGGCCACCUACGCCCGGCAGAUGAUGUUCAGCACGACGCCCCCCACGGUGUGGGUUUUCGGCGGGGGCACCACAGCCAUGCUGUCCUGCCUGAAUAUCCGGGUCGGUGUGGAUGCGGAUCAGGAGACUGUGGGCAUUCCGGAAAGCGAGAGGAGGAGUACGAAGGCAGAAAGCGCCUGGCUCUUCCGUAUGUGGUACAACUUCGAUCACAACUAUCUAAAGCCUCUGCUGACACACAGUGGUCCUCCUCUGACGACCACGCUCCCGGGGUGCUGUGGGCCUAUUGCUCGGUGCCUGACAAGUCCGCAGGCGUACGAGAAUCAAGAGCAGCUGAAGGACGAUGACUCUGACCUCAUUUUGAACGACGGGGACAUCAGUCUGACCUACGGGGAUUCCACCGUCAACACCGACUCUGUCGCGUCCAGCGGCACAUCGCGGCGGUUCGUGGGAAACAGCUCUGAAGAUGCGCUCGAUCGGGAGCUUGCUUUUGGGGACCACGAACUCGUGAUCCGGGGAACGCGCCUGGUCCUUCCCAUGGACGAUUCGGAGCCACCGUCAAACAUCCUGGAUAACGCAAGACAUGGUCCGGCAUAAGGUUGCUCGGUUUAAUUGACAGUAAUAUUUGCAUAUAUGGUCAAGAAAUAUGUACUACCUAAAGUCUAAUGCAUGUCUCAAAAUGUCUAAGCUGUAUAAAUAUUAUUUAUAUGGUGUCAGAAGAAUAUAAAUAUUCUCUGCCAAGCACUUGUAAAAGAACAAGCUGCAGAUUUAAGUUUAAAAC